AUGACAGCCCAGGAGGAGGAGGAGGAAGAGAGCGGUCUGCUACAGGAACGUGUUGAGGGGACCAGCGUCGUGGCGAGUAGCACCAGCAGUGAGAGGCACCAUUAUGAGGCAGCGAGCAGCACCAGCAGCGAGAGGCACCAUUAUGAGGCGGCGAGCAGCACCAGCAGUGAGAGGCACCAUUGUGAGGCAGCGAGCAGCACCCGCAGUGAGAGGCACCAUUAUGAGGCAGCGAGCAGCACCAGCAGUGAGAGGCACCAUUAUGAGGCAGCGAGCAGCACCAGCAGUGAGAGGCACCAUUAUGAGGCAGCGAGCAGCACCAGCAGUGAGAGGCACCAUUGUGAGGCAGCGAGCAGCACCCGCAGUGAGAGGCACCAUUGUGAGGCAGCGAGCAGCACCAGCAGUGAGAGGCACCAUUGUGAGGCAGCAAGCAGCACCAGCAGUGAGAGGCACCAUUAUGAGGCAGCAAGCAGCACCAGCAGUGAGAGGCACCAUUGUGAGGCAGCGAGCAGCACCAGCAGUGAGAGGCACCAUUAUGAGGCAGCGAGCAGCACCAGCAGUGAGAGGCACCAUUGUGAGGCAGCGAGCAGCACCAGCAGUGAGAGGCACCAUUAUGAGGCAGCGAGCAGCACCAGCAGUGAGAGGCACCAUUAUGAGGCAGCGAGCAGCACCAGCAGUGAGAGGCACCACUGUGAGGCAGCGAGCAGCACCCGCAGUGAGUGGCACCAUUGUGAGGCAGCGAGCAGCACCAGCAGUGAGAGGCACCAUUGUAAGGCAGCGAGCAGCACCAGCAGUGAGAGGCACCAUUGUGAGGCAGCGAGCAGCACCAGCAGUGAGAGGCACCAUUGUGAGGCAGCGAGCAGCACCAGCAGUGAGAGGCACCAUUGUGAAGCAGCGAGCAGCACCAGCAGUGAGAGGCACCAUUGUGAAGCAGCGAGCAGCACCAGCAGUGAGAGGCAUCAUUGUGAAGCAGCGAGCAGCACCAGCAACGAGAGGCAUCAUUGUGAAGCAGCGAACAGCACCAGCAGCAAGAGGCAUCAUUGUGAAGCAGCGAGCAGCACCAGCAGCGAGAGGCAUCAUUGUGAAGCAGCGAGCAGCACCAGCAACGAGAGGCAUCAUUGUGAAGCAGCGAGCAGCACCAGCAACGAGAGGCAUCAUUGUGAAGCAGCGAGCAGCACCAGCAACGAGAGGCAUCAUUGUGAAGCAGCGAGCAGCACCAGCAACGAGAGGCAUCAUUGUGAAGCAGCGAGCAGCACCAGCAACGAGAGGCAUCAUUGUGAAGCAGCGAGCAGCACCAGCAACGAGAGGCAUCAUUGUGAAGCAGCGAACAGCACCAGCAACGAGAGGCAUCAUUGUGAAGCAGCGAGCAGCACCAGCAACGAGAGGCAUCAUUGUGAAGCAGCGAACAGCACCAGCAACGAGAGGCAUCAUUGUGAAGCAGCGAGCAGCACCAGCAGCGAGAGGCAUCAUUGUGAAGCAGCGAGCAGCACCAGCAGUGAGAGGCACCAUUGUGAAGCAGCGAGCAGCACCAGCAGUGAGAGGCACCAUUGUGAAGCAGCGAGCAGCACCAGCAACGAGAGGCAUCAUUGUGAAGCAGCGAGCAGCACCAGCAACGAGAGGCAUCAUUGUGAAGCAGCGAGCAGCACCAGCAACGAGAGGCAUCAUUGUGAAGCAGCGAACAGCACCAGCAGCAAGAGGCAUCAUUGUGAAGCAGCGAGCAGCACCAGCAGCGAGAGGCAUCACUGUGAAGCAGCGAGCAGCACCAGCAGCGAGAGGCACCAUUGUGAGGCAGCGAGCAGCACCAGCAGUGAGAGGCACCAUUGUGAGGCAGCGAGCAGCACCCGCAGUGAGAGGCACCAUUGUGAGGCAGCGAGCAGCACCAGCAGUGAGAGGCACCACUGUGAGGCAGCGAGCAGCACCCGCAUAGAAGAUGGCUUGUUAAGUGAUGAGGUAUUAGAAGAAUACCCUGAUGAGUUUGAGAGUACUGCCUGA